AUGAACCGGAAACCACAAGAGGACUUUUGCGCCAUAUUGAUCGACACGUCAGCAAAGGACUGUGCGAUGCAGUACUACAAAACGCUCGCCCCCGGCCCGGCAAAGCCGGAUGAGGCGACCGAAGCGUACAAGGACGACGAGCUUACUUACUCUCUAUCGAGAGUACCGACAGUUACACCACGCCCGCUGAAGAUCAUCGCGGUAGGGGCAGGGUUCAGUGGACUGGCCUAA